AUGUCUGCCCCAGUCGACAUCGUACGUCCUUCGUCUGCCUUUGUGACCAGCGACGUACCUUCGGGUUCUCCGACGGGCAAGUACGUGCCCAUCCACAAGCGCAGCGCCUCCGUCGCACCCUCGUGCGGUUCCUCCCCUCCGCGCCAUAGUGCACGCUCACCAGCGCGUGGCAAGCGCGCCAGGUCGCCUUCCUCUGCGCGAUCGCCGUCAUCCUCCGCGGUCCCCCGCGCACGCGUGGCUCGCCCCGCCACGCCUAUACCCACGCACCACACGAUACCCAUCUACUCCAUCCCGGAGCUGAUCGCCCUCUCUGCAUCUCCGCUCGUGCAGCUCCCGUCUGUGCAGCGCGAACGCAUGGUCCAUUUAUUCCCCACCAUCGUCUCUCACACCGUCUCCGCACCUACCGCGUCUGCACCCGAGGAGAAGGCGCCGCUCCGCCGUCGCCGUGCCGGCCGCAAGAGCAGCGCGAAGAAGCUGCAGGCCGCGAACGUCAGUACGGACGUCGAGAGCCGCAGACGGCGCCACGGCGCGUGGGGCUGGCACGAGCAUGUGCCUCUCGAGGACAGCUGGAGACAUCCCGCCGUCGUCGCGGUCAGCGUAUAA